CGCACGCAGCUGAAAGCCACAGAUUCAGCUCAGCUAGCCACUACAGGAGAGGCAGAUAUCUUCCUCUCUUCUCCGAUGGAUGUGGCUCCCCAUGGCGCAGCCGCUUCCCUAGACCUGUCCCUCACGCUUGCCCCCAUGAAGCCAUCACCACCACCACCCUCCUCCUCCUCUUCCUUCUGGGCCGGCGAGGGCGACGGCGGCCAUGGUGGCCAUGCCGGCGAGGCAAGAUCGGCGCGGCUGUUCUCGUGCCUUUUCUGCGAUAAGAAGUUCCUCAAGUCGCAGGCGCUGGGUGGCCACCAGAACGUGCACAAGAGGGAGCGUGCCGGCAGCUGGAACCCGAACCUCUACGUCCAAUCCGAGCAAGGUGACCGGCCGGCCUCCGUGGCUGCAAUGGCGCCGGCGAGAUGGCCAAACCCGCGCCUUGACGUCAACGGCGAGAAGCGGAUGCAGCAGCAGCAGCUUGAUCUCAACCUCAAGCUGUAAUUAGCUACCUCGAUGGUGUGUACGUUUUUAUUAUCUUCCGUCCAAUCUUCUUUUCCUCCUUCCCUUGUUGAAGUAGCUAGCUAUUUAGUCAGCUAGAUGUGUGUGCGCAUGUUCGACCUGUGCUGUACAUAUAAUUUGGUUUGUACUACUACUACCUAUGGUCUUCCCCUGGUCUCCGAGUUGUUAAAUUACAUCAACUCCGGGUUCUAUUUUGCGAGGUUACUCAUUGCAAAUUUUGUCUCAUUGAUUUGUUCGGAUAUAUAUGGGC